AUGCCCGAGUCCGCCACCGUUCUAGACCUGAAGACGAAACUCUCCGCCGAGGAGUACGAGAACAUCCCCGCCGACCGCCAACGCCUCAUCUACUCGGGCCGGGUCCUCAAGAACGACGACCCUCUCAGCACCUACAAGAUCAAGCCCAACAACACUGUCCACCUCGUCAAGAGUGCCGCCAGCAACCCCACACCCUCCACCGCAGCCUCCUCCGCCACUACCCCCGCCGUCCCCGCAGUACCUACCAACAUGGCCGCCGGGACCGCCAACAACCCUCGCCGGCCUGACGGGGCUCGCUUUGCCGGCCAUGUCCCGUUGCCUAGCCGGUCCAUGUUUGGCGCUGAUGGCGGAAUGGGCGCUCCUCCUAGCACCGACGAAAUCGCGCGCAUGAUGUCCGACCCCGUGGUCCAGCAGUCCAUGAACGCGGCUCUCGAUAACCCCGACUUCAUCAACAUGCUCAUCAACUCCAACCCCACCCUCCGAAACCUCCCCAACGCCCGCGAGAUGCUCCAGUCCCCCUUUAUGCGCCAGAUGAUGACAAAUCCAGAAAUGCUCAGAAUGGCGGGCCAGAUGCACGGCAUGGAAGGACAAGGUGGCAUGCCUGCUUUCCCCGCCCCAGGUGCCACGGAUAACACUCCCACGGGUGCGCCUUCGUCCGAGAACCCCCAGGGCGACGCCAACGCCAACGCCACCCCCGGUGCCGGCGCGAAUGCUCAAAAUCCUUUCUCCCCGUUCAUGUUCAUGCCUCCCUUCCCCGGCUUCCCUCCCGCGCCGGGUGCGGCUGGCAACGCCGCCGCCGGCCAGGAUGCCAACCAGCCGGGAGCAGGCGCUGGCGCCGGUGCUGGCGCUGGCGCUGAUCAAGCGGCCGCUAACCCUUUCCUUUCUUUCCUCGGCCCCAACUUCCCGGCGCGGGAGCCGCGGGAAACCCUGAUCUCCAGCGGUCUCUCCAGGAGCUACUUCAAGGGAUGGGAGCUGGCUCGCCCCCAGCACCCGUAG